GGUAGCGAUGGAAACGUUGCUAUCGAAAUAUCCAAUCAGAUUCAUCGAAAUUGGUCACGAGUCCCUCCUCUCAGACUGUGUCGUGUUUGUGUGACAACGUUUCCUGUAGAAGAUAGGGCUGCAGUUUUAUUGCAUGGUGGAUCUCACUUAUUUGAAAUAACAGUAUUUUUAGUGAGAUUUAACGUGUAAAAUUCAAAAUGGUUUACAAUUACACAAAACCCCGGGCGCCAAUUGCUGCUAUGUACAGCAGUCCUGGACCAUGUUAUGGACUACCUGGAUUAGUUGGACAGAAAACUCACGAUCCGAGAAGUGUACAUAAUAAAGGACCAGCAUACCCAUUUGGUGUUCGUCAUGGUAAAUUCAAGGAUGACUGCAGUCCUGGACCUUGCUAUUAUCCUAAUCCAAAAGUGUAUAGAGACGGAAAUGAUGGCACACCUCAAUAUUCAUUAUACAGUCGGCAAAGAGAUGCCACAAUGUUCAAAGUUCCAGGCCCCGGUGCCUACAGCCCAGAAGGUGUUGGCCAAACAGCUCACUUCAGACACCCACAAUACAGCUUUGGAACAAGACACAGACACAGGAGAACAGAUAAUAACCCUGCUCCAAAUAAUUACACAUUAACUCCAAUGUUGGGUAAAACUGUCACUAGUGGCCAGAAACAAGCUCCAAUUUUCUCAAUGAAAGCAAGAUCAACAAUUGGCAGUUUCCAUGAAGAUUUAGCUAAGGCACCAGGAGCAGGAACAUAUAACACCACAGAGCCCAGUAUUUAUAAAGAUAAAUCACCAUUAUAUAGUAUGACAAGUAGAAACGUUAUGCCAGGAGAUACCACAAAGAAACCUGGACCAGGAGCUCAUUCACCAGAAAAUGUAUGGAUGCAUAAAGUAAAACAACCAGCUCCAUCCUUUGGAAUAAGACAUAGUCAGUAUUUAGCUCCUCUUAUAAUUGCUGAAGCAGAUUAAAAAGCAAAAAACUGUUUUCUUUUUACAGGUCGUUAUAACUAAAAAGAAAGCCCCUGCAACAUCUUUCGGAAUACGACACAGUCAGUAUUUAGCUCCUUUAAUUGUUCAAGCUGAUUGAAAAUUGAUUUCAUCUACUAUUUGGAUUUUUAAAAAAGCAAAAAAAAAUGGUAAGUUCAUGAAAAUUCUCAGAGAAAUGGACUCUGAAGACUGCCAGGAGGCUUUGUGCAGAUAUUAUGACUUGUAUACAUCCGUCCAGAAAUUAUUGUGUAUCAAAAUUCUAAGAAACUGUGAUAUCAUUUUUAUGGAAGUAAGAAUGUUUGUAUUUUAAUAUAAUUCAGUAUUACCAAAAAGUAUUCUUUAAAUAAAUAAGUAUUGUGUACAACACAAAAGCACAUAAGGUUUUAUUUUGCUACCACAUUUCUUUCUAUUUUUGUUACUGAUUUCUACUCUCUAUUUAAGAUGUAUGUUUUUUAAAGUUUUUGCAUAAAUUGUAAUUUUACUCUUUGUAUAUUUAAAUUUUAUUGUACAAACAUAUAUAUAGAAGUUUUAUGCUAAUGUAAAAAACUUUUAGAGUGCAUGUUGAAAAGUAAAUGUUGCGCGAAAGGAAAAUGUUGCCAAACAUAGAUUAAAGCAUUAAAUUUCAUUUGUUAGUAAACAAUUGAAAACAUUAAACAUUCCAUUUUAAGUUAGACAUGCAGUUGUAGAAAUUGACUGUUCCCCCUAAUAGUGGUUGUUUACAUUGUUUUGUUAUUAAAUUAUUGAAAUGCUGAACUAAUACUAGAAUUACCUACAAUCUAAAAAAAAAAAAAGACAUUUAUUGUUUGUCUACCAUGUAGGUUUUUGAAGGCAUGACAACUAUUAUUUUUAAAUUUUGAUUGGCAUCAUUUUAUUGUGCAACUUUGUUAUGUAUUUAUAAUUGCUCAUUGUGAAAGAAUUUUUGUAGUCAAUAUUGUUUGUCCAGCAUUUGUAAUUCUGUUUUCUCAUAUAUUUAUUCAUACACUUUUUAUUUUAAGACUUUUUGUAAUAGUUUGUUAUAAAUUCCAUUAAUAUCAUUAAAGUUUGUUCUUUUUUA